CGCCUCCCCCCUAGCCCCCCCUCGCCUCCGCGGUGCGUGUGCGCAUGCGCGUUGCGUGUUUCCGCCCCGCGCGCGUGGCGGGACAAAGAGGAGAAAUUUUCCCGCGAACCCGCGACCAUGGCGGACAAGGAAGUGGCGAUGGACGAUGCGGUGGAGGAGCGUGUCAUCAAUGAGGAGUACAAAAUCUGGAAGAAGAACACACCGUUCCUGUAUGACUUGGUGAUGACGCACGCUCUCGAGUGGCCGAGCCUCACCGCCCAGUGGCUUCCCGACGUCACCCGGCCGGAGGGCAAGGACUACAGCGUCCAUCGCUUAAUCCUCGGCACGCACACAUCCGACGAGCAGAACCACCUGGUGAUCGCCAGCGUGCAGCUGCCCAACGACGACGCCCAGUUUGACGCCUCGCACUACGACAGCGAGAAAGGGGAGUUUGGAGGUUUUGGCUCCGUGGGAACAAAAAUCGAGGUGGAGAUCAAAAUAAACCACGAGGGGGAGGUGAAUCGAGCACGGUACAUGCCACAGAACCCCUACAUCAUCGCCACCAAGACGCCAACAAGCGAGGUGCUCGUCUUUGACUACACCAAGCACCCAUCAGUGCCAGACCCCAGCGGAGAGUGCAACCCUGACCUUCGUUUGCGCGGCCACCAGAAGGAGGGCUACGGCCUCUCGUGGAACCCCAACCUGAGUGGUCACCUCCUGAGCGCGUCCGACGACCAUGAUUCUACCCGGCAGACGGUGUGCUUGUGGGACAUCAGUGGGACGCCGCGCGAGGGCAAGGUGGUGGAGGCCAAGACCAUCUUCACGGGGCACACGGCCGUGGUGGAGGACGUCUCCUGGCAUCUGCUGCACGAGUCGCUGUUUGGCUCCGUCGCCGACGACCAGAAGCUCAUGAUCUGGGACACACGGUCUAACAACACGUCCAAGCCGAGCCACUCGGUGGACGCACACACGGCCGAGGUCAAUUGCCUCUCCUUCAACCCCUACAGCGAGUUCAUCCUCGCCACUGGCUCCGCCGAUCAGACCGUGGCUCUGUGGGAUCUCCGGAACCUGAAAUUGAAACUUCACUCCUUUGAGUCGCACCGUGACGAAAUCUUCCAGGUGCGGAGAGCGGUGCAGUGGUCGCCUCACAACGAGACCAUCUUGGCUUCGAGCGGCACAGACCGCAGACUCAACGUCUGGGACCUCAGUAAAAUUGGAGAGGAGCAGGCUGCUGAGGAUGUUGAAGACGGUCCUCCGGAGCUGCUGUUUGUCCACGGUGGACACACGGCCAAGAUCUCAGAUUUCUCCUGGAACCCCAAUGAACCGUGGGUCAUAUGCUCCGUCUCCGAGGACAACAUCAUGCAAGUGUGGCAAAUGGCGGAGAACAUUUACAAUGACGAAGAUACCGAACCUGGCGUUGCUGACGUAGACACGAAAGCCUGAACCCCUUUUGCCUGCACAAACUGUGGCUCCCCCCUCCUCUCUGUCCCUCAUUGCCCCCCACCCCCCCCAGCAGCAGUGUGCUGUCCGACUAGAAAAUGAGUUGCCUUGUCCGAUAGCCCUGAUAAAAAAAAAUACAUGUCCAAAUGUGUGCAUGAAGUUCCUCUUCUGGGUCCAAGGUGGAGCGGCGAGUUACGUUUGAUCGCUGCAGAUAAAAACAACUGCUGCGGGAAGGGACGGAGCUCGCAAGGUUUUAUUUUGGCAAAGAAAAGAGUUCAUCCCCGUUUUCGGGGGUUGAUGGGAGGCCAUUACAUUUUUUGCCAAGAGUUGUCCCAAUAAAUUUGGCGGUUUUUUCACCCUUGUACUGUUUUUGCCGCUGCUUGUAAGACUGGUGACUGUAGUUUAUUUUAGUUGCCAUUGAUCUGUAAUAAAUGUUGUGUGUGCGUGUUUCACAAA